CGAAGAAGUAGUCCAGGAUGAAUUGUCUCCUCUACACUCAAAAGACAACGCUUACGAGGGAAGCAGCCGGCACGACGAUGAUGGAAGCAAUUUCAGUGGAAGAUUACAAGAGCAAAGGCGUCAUCAUGGUUGCGGAAUCCAGUGGUUAUGGUAUGAACAGGGUCGUGAUCGACCUUUCCCAGGGCCAAGGAACCCUAGGCAUCCCGAGAGUCGUAAUCGACCUCACCCAAGACAACCCGGACGACGAAAUUCAGAUUCUGGAGGCAAUGUCGGCGCCGGCGAGGAUAAAACCCGAGUGCUCCAACUCGAAACCCGUCUAUAUAGACGUGGAAGACGCCAUGGAGACCUCUGCUUCUGCUUCCCUCUUCAUCUGCGAAAUCUGCUGCGAUGCGAAGCAAAUAAGCGAUAUUUUCAGAAUCAAAGCCUGCAAACACUCCUACUGCUCCGAUUGCAUUUCGAAAUUCGUAGCAUCGAAGCUCCAACAGAACGUCCCCCAAAUCAAUUGCCCUGUUUCCGGCUGCACGGGGGUGGUGGAGCCUCAUAACUGCCGCUCGAUUUUGCCGCCUCAAGUGUUUGAUCGUUGGGGGGACGCGUUAUGCGAGGCUUUGGUGUUGGCUUCUGAAAAAUUCUAUUGCCCCUUCAAGGAUUGCUCUGCGCUUCUCAUCGAUGAAAAGAUUGAAGUUGUGGAAUCUGAGUGCCCCGAAUGCCGCAGAUUGUUCUGCGCUAAGUGUAAGGUUCCGUGGCAUGCUGGCAUUGUUUGCUCUGAGUUUCAGAAGCUGCAUGAGAACGAGAGGGAGAAGGAGGAUAUACUGCUGCUGAAUAUCGCUAAUCAAAAGCAAUGGAUGAGGUGCCCUAAUUGCAGGGUGUAUGUUGAGAGAGUUUCGGGUUGCCCUUUCAUGAUGUGCAGGUGUAAGUGCUGCUUCUGUUACAAGUGCGGAGCUCGUGCAAAAGAUCACCAUUGUCUUAAUUGUGGCACUUAAAAUUUAGAAUCUUCUUUGUUGAACCUUUUUGGUUGAGCGAAUAUUUGCUGAACUUGAACUAGUGAUGUUGCAUAUGGUUUUCAUUUUUAAGCUCUGCAAACUUAUAUUAUCGUAGUUUCAGAGAAAGAUAGACGGAGAAAGUGACAGCGUUGAACAUGCA